AUGGAUCACGACGACUACUUCAGUCCUCAGCGCGAUGACCAGCACACUUCGAGUGCACACAUUGAGGAUUCAGAUACCGACAUGGCCGCAUCGGCAACCGCCUCGUCGUCCCGAGCCGCCAUGUUCAACUCGCCAGCCGCCCAUGCUCGAAAGCCAAGUAGGAUGUCGCGGUCAGGAGCUCCACGGCCUAUAAUCACUCCUACUAGUCCUCUGUCCUCGACCAUACCGCACAAUCUUCUCCCUUCAGCGCCCGCAUCGCCACCGACUCCUGCGCCGAGUCCCACACCCACUCAGCGAGUACCCGACUGGAGCACGGCAGCCGAACAUGAGGACUCACAUAUCAAAAAUAUACGGUCACACUUCAGUGAUAUGAACAGGGCAGAGCGCUUGCGACUACUUGGAGAACUGCUCAAUCUGUGCGACAGCCAGGAGUUGAGCUUUGUGGCUGAAUUUGUCAGCCCGAGGCUAAAGAAAGAUCCAUUCAUGGUACUUCCUACAGAAUUGUGUCUACGGAUCCUUGAAUGUGUGGACGACCCGACUACUCUUGCUCGAGCAUCGCAAGUCUCGAAAAAGUGGCGCGAAUUAGUCAACGACGACAGUGCUUGGAGGUUGUUGUGCCAGAAAUACUCAUUUAGGGCGCUACCAAAAGAGGAGAAGAGCGAAGAAGAAGACAACGACGACCGAGGCGACGAAAUGGAGGACGCUGAGCCCAAGCCCUGGUGGCAGAACGAAGACCGCACAUCAAGAACAGACGAUGUGACAGCAAGGGAGCACCUCGAAGUAGUUUCGUCAAGUGGCGGGACAGAGGGCUUACGGACACAGAGCCUUGAUCGCGAAGCCAAGAGGAAGUCAUCACAGCGUAGACCAGCAACCUCCUACCGGUCACAUUUCAAGCAGCGCUACAUGGUCGAGACCGCGUGGCGCAACGGAGGUGUAUGCGAUGCACGACAAAUCACACCAGAUCAAGGCGUAGUAACGAGUUUACAUCUGACUAAAAAGUACAUUGUUGUAGCGCUUGACAAUGCAAAGAUCCACGUUUUCGACACAGUGGGAGAUCACCAGAAGACCCUUCAGGGACACGUUAUGGGCGUCUGGGCCAUGGUACCAUGGGGCGAUCUCCUGGUGAGUGGUGGAUGCGACCGCGAUGUGCGUGUGUGGAAUCUUGCAACUGGCUUCCCCCAAUUCACACUCCGCGGCCACACUUCGACAGUCCGGUGUCUGAAGAUGUCCGAUGCGAAUACAGCAAUAUCCGGCUCAAGAGAUACCACCCUCCGAAUAUGGGAUCUGAAAAAAGGACUUUGCAAGCACGUUCUUAUUGGUCAUCAAGCUAGCGUCCGGUGCCUCGAGAUACACGGUGAUAUCGUCGUGUCUGGUAGCUACGAUACGACGGCUAAGAUUUGGAGUAUAUCCGAGGGCAAGUGCUUGCGCACUCUUACAGGACACUUUAGCCAAAUUUACGCCAUCGCAUUCGAUGGGAAGAAGAUCGCAACAGGCAGUUUGGAUACAAGUGUCCGUAUAUGGGAUCCCAAUGACGGAAAAUGCCUAGCCGUGCUACAAGGUCACACCUCCCUUGUUGGGCAGCUCCAAAUGCGUGAAGACAUUCUCGUGACAGGUGGAUCAGACGGCUCAGUGCGCGUCUGGAGUCUCGCGAAUUACCAGGCUAUUCAUCGAUUAGCUGCGCAUGACAAUAGUGUUACCAGCCUCCAGUUCGACAACACCCGGAUAGUUAGUGGCGGUAGUGAUGGUCGUGUCAAAGUCUGGGAUGUGAAGAACGGUACGCUUGUCAGAGAGCUCAGCAGUCCUGCGGAAGCCGUGUGGAGGGUUGUAUUCGAAGAAGAAAAGGCGGUCAUUAUGGCCAGCCGGGGUGGUCGAACAAUCAUGGAGGUUUGGGACUUUUCCCCACCAGCAGAAGAUGAAAUCGACUCGCGUUCCGCCAGUCCUGCCAGUAUGCCAGACCAUCUGGAUGUAGAAUAUAACCGCCCGCGCUCCGCCAUAUUACCAACAGUGUCGCCUCUAGUAGUUCGGGAAGACGCCACAGGUGACAUCACCAUGGGCGAUGCUGCAGAGUCAUAG